AUGCCAAACUUCUACCCUCAUUUCGACACCGCGGACGGAACACUGAGUUGGCGGCGGUGGGAUGACAACAGCAACAACACUACCAGCAAUACUACCACUACAGGCGGCACUACCACUGCCACCGGUGCUACCACUACCAUCCGUAUCACCACCACUACUACAACCAACAUGGCAAUCCCCCUCAACCUUCCUCCGGGGCCUCGCCUUCGACGCUACUACCGCAUCGACUGCACCGGCAUCAAGAACCAGUCACGUCGCAACCAGAAACAACAGAAGAAAAAGAAGAAGGAAAAUAAGAAAAACAAUCAAUAUGAGGAUCGGCGGCCUUGGACUCGGCUUCAGCGUCCCCAACGAACAGAGCAGACGCGCAGACAAGAUCGGAGUAGGAGGUGCAAGAAGAAGAGGGAAUCCAAGCGGAAUCGGUGA